GAUUUUUUUGCACUUUUUAUUAGUUUGAUUUUACAUUUUUUGGAUCAAUUGAUAUUGAUUUUAGGGUUUCUGUAGUAUGUUUGUAUGUGUUUGAUUGAUCUUCUUGGAUAUUCUGAUUUUAAGUUUUAUUUUUUAAGUAUGUGAAAUAGUGUGGUACUGAAGUAGUGUAAGUUAUUGUAUUUUACAAUAUUCUAUAGAAAAUUAGUGUGUUGUUGAAUUGUUUUGAUAUAUGCUAAUAGCAUGGCUGAUAUAAUUUGUAUGAUGAGGGGAUCGUGGUAGGGAAUUGAUAUUUAGUCGAAUGCACGUCUAUAUCAUUAAUGAUGUAGAGGAGGUGAAUUCGGAUUGAAGUAGGGACAGUUAAUUAAGUAGUUAAGGUUAUAAUUCCGGUGCUUGUGUAUGAAGCAUUUGAUCCGUGGACUUUUGUUUUAUCCGUAUUAACUAAAAGACCUCGGAACAUAUAAAACUCCCCUCGAAAGAAAGGGCGAUAUUCUCCCUCCUAGGUUUCGAGGCUGCGCUCCCUCACUUCGAGGCCAAUCUUCAGCGAUUAUGGCUGAAGAUUUAGCGGAUCGAUGCAGAAAUCUUAAACUAGAUGAAGAUGACUUGACUAUUGUAGAUUUGUCUGGGACGGAACAACAGGAAACGCAAGAUAGGGUUUCUUUAAUGCUUGUGGGGCGAUUGCUGACAGAACGCCCUUUUCAUAUCGAAGCUUUCCGACGUACUAUGAUUCAAUCGUGGGGUUUAUCUUCACAAAAAAUUGUAAUAAAGGUAAUUGGAACAAAUCUUUUUGCCUUCCAGUUUUUCCAUUGGAAAGAUAGAGAAAAAGUGUUGAGUGGUAGACCUUGGUGUUUUGAACAAAAACUCUUAAUUCUCAAUGAAGUUUCGGGUAACGAACAACCCACAGAUGUUCCUUUAUUGCACUCCCCUUUCUGGCUUAGACUAAAGAACCUACCUUUUAACUGUCGUUCGGACGAUGAUGUUAGGGCAGUCUGUUCUUCGGUGGGAGAUGUUAUGGAGAUUGAGUCGGAUGAACUGGGUUUGGAGGCUUACCGGCGUGUUAAAGUGAUGCUGGAUAUUACUAAGCCACUUCGACGAUUUCAGCGAAUUCGAACCAAGGAUGGCCGAGAAGUGAAGGUGGCUUUCCAGUUUGAGCGGCUUCCGUUUUUCUGCUUCCUUUGUGGGGUGAUGGGCCAUAGUGAGAAGGAUUGCCCUAUUGCGGGUGUCGAUGAACAGGAGGUUAGCAUGGGGUGGGGGCUUUGGUUGAAGGCCUCUCCGCGUAAAGGGCGGCAGAAAAUGGUAGAGGAAGUUGAGAGAAUUAAGGCUAGUAGGAAGGCUCUUUUCGUCACUCGACCAUGUAAAACAGAUACAGAGAAGAGGCCUGAUAGUGAGGGGGAGAGGAGUAGUGCUGCAGGGUUGGUAGGUUCUGUGGAGAAUGCGCGGGUUGUGGAGGUAGGAGUUGAGGAUGUAGGGGGUAUUGGGAGGCAGUUGGUAGGGGUGGAGGUAGAAAGGUCGAUUCCUUUGCUGGAGGUAGGGGAGACAGAUGAGGAGAAUCUUGGGGAUGAAGGGGGUUUUUUAAGAGGGCAGCAGGAAGGAGGUGGGGCCUUGUAUGAUUAUGUAGGGGUGCAGGAGCCUUUAAUGAAUGAAGUGGGGUAUGAGGAGAUGGAACAUGACAGUACUGAUAAUGUAGUGGGCCAUGCUGACGUUAUUGAUACCAUAACUACAUUUCCUGCUAUUCCUAAGCCGCGCUCUUGGAAGAAAUUGGCGAGGGAAAUCGAUAAGAAAAAUCGGAGGAUGGAGGAGAUAAGUGUGGUGCUGGGGAAACAUGACCGUAAUGACGUGGGGGAGAGCAGUGGGGACACUCCAUCACGUAAAAAAAUCAUUUUGUCGCAAAACAUUAUUGAUCCUAUUGGCAGGGUGGCGGAGGUUGGUGCAUCCCAACCCCGCCAGGCCCAAUGA